AUGGUUUCGAAGUCCGAUGCUGCACAGACACCCGUCAAGACGGACCAGGAAAUUCUACAGAACUCCAUGCUCGAGGAUGACCCGAACUCCAACACCAUCCUAACCUGUUCCCGCGGCAAGGAAGCGUCAGACGACAGUGGGCGAACGACGGAUGAGAAGCGGCCUCGUUGGGGACCACCGUACAAAGGGGCACAGGAACUAGCGAAGCUGUAUAGUAGUGUAAUAGUGUACUUCGUGAGUAACAUCUACACAAUGGUGAAGUAUUCUACCGAUUAUCAGCACCUGAUGAAAAUUCUCGUUACUGUAGGAACUGCAGUGCAGCUGUACGUCAAGUUUUUUGUUGCAAUUAAACGAGGCUUCGAAUUCAAAGAGUUUACGGAAUCAGUUGAGCAAGUACUAUUGGUGCCAUUUCAGUGUGGGAGCCCGAAAGAAGUUGCUGUCCUGCAAAGAACGGGACGUGUGAUGUGGUUUAUAUUUCGUUUGCUAGCGAUCAGUUUCUCAUGCUCGGGAUUCGUGUUUGGAUUGUACCCAUUGUAUGCAUAUUACGCCAACGAUACGGUUAUGCCACUGUUUCUUCAUGAACUUCCGUAUUACGAUUGGAGCACAACUGGCGGCUACGUAGUCAACAUGUUAUUUCAAGUAAACAUCUACACAUUAGGUGUCGUAGGUGCAACAUACUCAGAUGUCUUAUUUAUUUUGUGUGCAUUGUAUUCGAUGGCUCAUGCCGACAUUUUUAUCUUACAUCUCCACGAGCUGGAGGAAAUAUUGAAUGAUCCAGCAUUUUCGGAGAAUGACAACUCAGCGAUGGAUAUUAAGUGGAAGCAGUGCAUGUACGAUCACCAACAGUCUGUCAAGUUUUUCAAUACCGUUGAUGAUCUUUUUAAUGUCGUGACAUUGGUACAUGUAGGAAUGGGAUUAUUUUCAAUUUGCGACGGAAUGUUGUUGGUUGCAUUGACCGAUUGGUACGCUGCAUAUUUUUUCCUGCUCAUUAUAUUUUUUCAACUUACCUUAUACUUCUUAAUCGGACACUAUGUAGAGCUGAAGGUGGAUGAAAUGUACGACACCAUCAACUCAGUGCCAUGGUACAAGCUCCCGGUUAGCAAUCAGAAAGAGUUUGUCUUUCUUCUCAGCCGCCAACAAUAUCCACUAACACUGAUUAUUUAUGGAUUCGCACCGCUAAACUUUACAACUUACAUGACUGUUCUACGAGGGCUGUAUCAGUUUUUCGUUAUUAUCAUGCGGUACGUCAGUUAA